AUGCAAAGGGAGAAACUUAUUGAAGAAGUGAGAAAAUAUCCAUAUUUAUAUGACUUAAGUGACGCUAAAUACAGUAAUAGUAUAAAAAAGGACGAGGCUUGGAAACAAAUAAGUAUUACUUUAAAGCAAUCUGAAUCUGAAUGCAAGAAAACUUGGUUAAAUCUGAGAGAGUCUCACCGACGAGCUAUGAAGAAGCGUAAAACUAAGAGUGGUCAGGCAGCCUCGACGACGAAAAAGUGGACCUUUGAAGAUGAAAUGAGUUUUUUAGUACCUCAUUACAAAGAAAGAAAUACGAUCUCUUCGGUUGAUUAUGAUGACGAUUCAGAUGUUAGCAGUUUCUUGGGUAAUGAUGAUUCACAGAACUCAAUAAACAUAAUUCAGUCUCCAGAAAACUCACAACCGGAAACUUCUGCACUUUCGCCGCGUCCUAAGUCUUCUGCAUCUUCAGUUACAUCCAAAACUUCAAAAAAAAAAGUUGAAAGCAAUUCAGCGUCACAAACUUUAAUGAAAUAUUUAUUAAAUCACAACGAAACCAAAAAAGAAGAUGAGAUAGAAACAUUUUUUAACAGCAUUGCGGCAACGGUUAAAAAAUUUUCUGAAUAUAACCAAGCGGUUAUAAAAAGUAAAAUAUAUAACGCAGUUUCGGAAAUGGAGUUACAAGAAAUCGCAGAGAAACAAAGCUAUUACAGUUAUCGCAACCCUUACAUUCCCCAAAGAGAAGAUGACAUGCCUCGAGGUUAUACCACUCUAAAUAACAUUAGCCACGAGAUACAAUCAACAUCUGGCGCUUCAAACAUUGAUAAUUUUAAUAUGUCAAACGAAGAAAAUGGCACGUCAAAUGCUGACGAUCUUAAUACUUCAAACAUUCUUUAA